CCCACAAAUAAUUUGAAUGUAAAUGAAUGUGAAGCAGUAUAUUUUACUUUGAUUAUUGUUUAUAAUUCUUUUGAGCUCAUUUUGUCUUUAUCGAGGCGAGUAUUUAGCGGCCUCUGAUUGGCCUCAUGUCGUAGCUCCUUUGGCCAGCGUUUCGAUUGGCUGAUUAUCGUUUCCCCCUGAUUUGAAAAUAUUUCCGUUAGCUUGUUUGGGUUUCCUGUUCGCCAUUGUUAAAGCGUGGCAGAUACAAUGUUGCUGAAUUCGACUUCAGGACGCCCUUUAAGACAAUAAAGGCUUCCUUUCUUGGAUUCUGUAGAGAACAUCGGUAAGAGAUUGAUACGUUUUCAUAUUUCAACUUUGGAGUCAACCCAUACUAUGUGGCUUUCGUCUCGUGGGUUAGCCGUUAGACGCUAGUCAAAACAUGGCCCAACGCGUGUCUGUCUCCGACCGUGGACGCAAGAAAACCACCCAAGUGAAGGUUGCGGUGCGUCUACGACCAUUUAUGGACAAACAAGACGAGCGAGACACGGGACCUUGUGUGAGAGGCCUGGACUCUCAGAACCUGGAGAUUGUAAACUGGAGGAAUGCAACAGAAACGCUAAAAUACCAUUUUGAUGUGUUCCAUGGAGAGAAAUCGACACAAGAGGAGGUCUUCCUGUCAUCCGUAAAGCCAAUUCUGCCCUACAUUACCAAGGGCCAGAAUGUUAGUGUCUUUGCCUACGGGCCAACAGGAGCCGGCAAGACGAACACUAUGGGCAGUUCAGCUCAGCCUGGCAUGAUUCCUCGUGCUGUUGGAGAAGUCUACAAUCUGGUCAGCGCUGAGGAUGAGGGUUGGGACUACUCCAUUGGAAUGUCGUAUUUAGAAAUUUACAAUGAGAAGGUGCUGGAUCUUAUGUCGUCAAACUCCCAGGACUUGCCCAUCCGGGAGGACAAAGACAAGAACAUCCUCAUACCGGGCCUCACGCACACAAUAAUCUCGUCCUUCUCGGACUUUGAACGGCAUUUUGUGCCGGCCAACCUCACUACCACGGCCUCCACCAAAGUCAACGAGCGCUCCAGUCGCAGCCACGCUGUCCUCCUCAUAAAGGUGGUGCGCACCGAGCACUGCCUCCCCCGCCGCCAACAAACGGGCAAACUCUACCUGGUGGACCUGGCUGGCUCAGAGGACAACCGGCGCACGGGCAACCGGGGCAUCCGCCUCAAAGAAAGCGGCGCCAUCAACCUGUCGCUCUUCACUCUUAGCAAAGUGGUGGACUCGCUCAAGUCGGGCGCCUCGGUGCGCGUGCCCUACAGGGACAGCAAGUUGACCCGCCUGCUCCAGGACUCGCUGGGCGGCUCGGCGCACUCGCUCAUGAUCGUCAACAUCGCCCCCGAGUACGAGCAUUGCUUCGAUACGGUCAGCGCGCUCAACUUUGCGGCCAAGUCCAAGCUCAUCGUCAACAGGCCCUUCACCCAAGAAACGAAACAGACCGGAUCUCGGUCUGCCGGGCGGCCUGGCACAGAGCCUCAGAAAAAGAAACAGAGGGUUGAGAAGAAAACUGAGCAGGAGGCCUCUACCUCGCCAUCGACUCAACUUUGCAGUCUGUCAGAACCGUCACUCGUAGAAAGGCUGCUUGCUCUGGAGAAGCGGGUGAUGUGCUACGAGAACCAAGACAGGGAGCAGAGAGACUCUGAGACAAAGGGCGUGCUCCUCGCUCAGCUGGCUAAGGCAAAGUCAGGUUCCGGUCAGGAGCCCAUCUUCAGGAGCAGCACGGCGCCUCUGCAAGAAAAACAGGCCAACGUCAUGAAAGGCAACUUGCAGCGAGCCGUGGUCCGACCGCUGCAGGAUCACCUGUGCCAGCCGCUUACCAUCAGGAGAAAAGUGGCCGUCACGCUUCCGCCUCGCGCUGAGCUUCCGGGCGCCAAAGAGAAUGCAAUGGUGAAUAGCUGGGAAGCCCAGCUGGACAAAUCGGUCGUGGACCAGGCCAGGCACAAGAUCCUCCAGAUCCUCAACACGGGCUCCCUUAAGGAGCUGAAAAGUCUGCAGCAGAUCGGCGACAAGAAGGCCAAACUCAUCCUGGGCUGGAGGGAGCUCCACGGCGUUUUCUCCAAGUUGGAAGAGCUCUCUCAAGUUGAGGGGAUGACAGAAAAAAGAUUUUCCACCUUCUUGAAGGCAAACCUUUUGAGUGAGAUGGGAAAGUAAUCACCUUCAUUUUUUUUAGGAGAAGGUUGGAUUGUAAUAUCCAUUAAUGUAUUGAAAUGUGACUCUGUAAAUAUUGUUUUGAAACUACUUGCAUUGCACCUGGAAGGCUUUUACCGCGCAUCCUUUUUUGAACAUAUUGCCUGCAGCCUUAUUUGAAAAUGACAUUUUUGCCUUUUUUCCCCCCUCCCAUCUCAGUUUGCCCCAAAAAGAAAUCGGAAGAGCUUCG